AUGACAAUAAUUAUUCGUUUUGUUAAAGUUGAUUCAUUGAAAAAGGAGUUUAGUAUCAAAGAACAUUUUUUAGGCUUUGUACCUUUAAAGAAAACAACUGGAGCCUAUAUGGCAGAAACGAUAAUACAACAACUAGAAGAAAUGGAGUUACCUAUUAAUAAUUUACGUGGCCAAGGCUACGAUAAUGGCGCAAAUAUGAUAGACAAAAAUAAUGGUGUUCAAAAGAAAAUAUUAAACAUUAAUCCUCGAGCAUUGUUUGUUCCUUGCAGCGCGCAUACUCUUAAUUUGGUUGUCAAUGAUGCUGCAAAUUGUUAUCUAAUGGCUACAAGUUUUUUUGAUAUUGUCCAACGUGUGUAUGUAUAUUUUUCGUCUUCAACACAUCGGUGGGUAGUUUUCACUAGUCAUCAACCUACGUUAACUGUUAAACCUCUAAGUGAAACAAGAUGGGAAAGCAGAAUAGAUGCUAUAAAGCCUUUGCGAUAUGAACUUGGUAAACUAUAUGAUGCACUGCUAGAAAUAGCUGAUGAUACUUCUCUAACUGGAUCCUCAGGAAGCACUGCACGCAGUGAUGCUAAAGCACUUGCGAAUAGUGUUGCAAAUAAGCAGCUCCAAGCUAAAGAUUUGGAUAUUCAUGCUGCUGUACAACAGUUACAACACACACAAGCCUAUUUGGUUGACUGUAGGAGUGACAUAGGUUUUGCAAGAAUGCUAGUGGAUGCUGCUGAAAUUGCUAAGGAUUUGGAGAUACCAUCAACCUUUGAGGCAGAACCACGAUUACGGCGGAAAAAAAAGCAAUUUGCAUAUGAAGCUGAAGAUGAGCCUGUGCAAGAUCCAAAACAAAAUUUCAAAAGUAAAACUUCACAAGAAAUAUUGGAAUGUUGCAUGAAACUAGAAUCUGCUUUACAACAUGGUGAUAACAGAGAUUUAGUUGCAUCAGAUUUGUGUGGCGAACUACAGUCUAUUGCACGACGACUUUCUGAAGAAACAAAGUCUCCUCAAGAUGUUUUUCGAUUUAUUCUUUGCCAAAACUUGGAAGACAGUCUACCCAACCUUUGUAUUGCUCUUCGUAUUUUGCUGACAUUACCUGUUUCUGUCGCUAAUGGAGAGCGUAGUUUUUCCAAACUAAAAUUGAUAAAGACAUACAUUCGAUCAUCCAUGUGCCAAGACAGAUUGGUUGGGUUGGCAACUCUUUUCAUUGAGCACGAACUUGCAGACAAGCUGGACCUGAAGGACCUUGUGAUCGAUUUUGCCCAGAAAAAGGCACGCAAAGUACAGUUUUGA